CCAACUACCACAUUUUCGAUGCUAUCCCUGACCAUCUUCGUGCUACUACCAAUGCUUUCCUGCUUGCUGGCAUGAACCUCCUCGGCUUCUCACUGGUUCUUGACUCAAAUCAUUGUGGACCAUACAACCAGUUCGCCAAAUGCCCUCAGGCCUUCACAAUUGCACUAUUGUAUCCUGAUCGCUGGUUCCGUCACCAUUUUCGGAUGGGUCGCCAGACCUUUGAGCGGCUUGUUGCCCGACUAGAGACAUGUGACAUCUUCCAGUCUCGUGGGCGGAAGCCACAGCGCCCUGUGCGCUAUCAGCUUGGAUGCUUCCUUGUCCGGUAUGGCAAACGGGGCACAGAUGCCCUCAGUACUGCACACGACAUGGGCAUCGGCUUCGGAUCAGUCCACAAGUAUUGUGAGCGGGUCAUGUAUGCUCUACGCGAGCUGGGGCUGGAUUGGGUCAAGUGGGGAGAUCGAUCAGUGACAAAGGCUUGGGUCCACGCACAGAGCCGCCUGCGUGGUUGCCUAGGCAUGCUUGACGGGACUCUCAUUCAGCUCACGGAGCCACCACGUCUAUCUGGAUCUGUGUUCUUCUGUCGU